CGCGGCGCCAUUUUGCAGGCGGCUGUCUCGGGCACCGGAGGCGGCGGCGGGCACUGCGGAGCCGAGGCGCAGCGGCAGGACCGGAGCCGGGCGCCCUGCAGCCAGCUAGGUCUUGACUCCGCUACCUGGGACUCCGCAUGUGGUUUUGAGCUUGGACUUCGGCAGCACCAGGAAAUGUAGCUCGGCGGCUUGUAACGGAAAGCGUAUGGACAGGUCUGCGUCCCAGCAGUUAGGUGCUAAGAGAUGGCGCUUGUGGGGCUCAUCUCUGCCUGAGAAUCGGGCGCUCCAGGCCCUGGAAGAGCCAACUCUGAUCCUGGGCUCCUCGCUCGAACAAGCCUUAACUUUCAGCCACUCCAGUCCAUCGGCCAAACUGCUCAUUUUGUCUUAAUGAUGGGUAUUGGUAAGAACACUACGUCCAAAUCCAUGGAGGCUGGAAGUUCAACUGAAGGCAAAUAUGAAGAUGAAGCGAAGCACCCCACUUUCUUUACUCUUCCGGUGGUGAUCAAUGGAGGUGCCACGUCCAGUGGCGAACAGGACAAUGAAGACACUGAGCUCAUGGCAAUAUACACCACAGAAAAUGGCAUCGCAGAAAAGAGCUCUCUUGCCGAAACCUUGGAUAGCACUGGCAGUCUAGACCCCCAGAGAUCAGACAUGAUUUACACGAUAGAAGAUGUUCCUCCCUGGUACCUGUGCAUAUUUCUGGGGUUGCAGCACUACCUGACGUGCUUCAGCGGCACAAUCGCGGUGCCCUUUCUGCUGGCCGACGCCAUGUGUGUGGGGUAUGACCAGUGGGCCACCAGCCAGCUCAUCGGGACCAUUUUCUUCUGCGUGGGAAUCACAACUUUGCUGCAGACGACUUUUGGAUGCAGGUUACCCCUGUUUCAGGCCAGUGCUUUUGCAUUUCUGGCCCCUGCUCGAGCCAUCCUGUCUUUAGAUAAAUGGAAAUGUAACACCACAGAUGUUUCGGUUGCUAAUGGAACAACGGAGCUGUUACACACAGAGAACAUCUGGUAUCCCCGAAUACGCGAGAUCCAAGGAGCCAUCAUCAUGUCCUCACUGAUAGAAGUGGUCAUCGGUCUCCUAGGCCUGCCUGGGGCUCUGCUGAAAUACAUUGGGCCUCUGACCAUCACACCCACAGUGGCCCUCAUUGGCCUCUCUGGUUUCCAGGCAGCAGGAGAGAGAGCUGGGAAGCACUGGGGCAUCGCCAUGCUGACAAUUUUCCUAGUAUUACUGUUUUCUCAAUAUGCCAGAAAUGUUAAAUUUCCUCUCCCAAUUUACAAAUCCAAGAAAGGAUGGACUGCGUACAAGUUACAGCUUUUCAAAAUGUUCCCUAUCAUCCUGGCCAUCCUUGUGUCCUGGCUGCUCUGCUUCAUCUUCACGGUAACAGACGUCUUCCCUCCUGACAGCACGAAGUAUGGUUUCUAUGCUCGAACUGAUGCCAGGCAGGGUGUGCUUCUGGUAGCCCCAUGGUUUAAGGUCCCAUACCCAUUUCAGUGGGGACUGCCCACCGUCUCUGCGGCCGGUGUCAUCGGCAUGCUCAGUGCAGUCGUGGCCAGUAUUAUCGAGUCUAUCGGGGACUACUACGCCUGCGCAAGACUGUCCUGUGCCCCACCGCCCCCCAUCCAUGCGAUAAACAGGGGGAUUUUCGUGGAGGGUGUCUCCUGUGUUCUCGAUGGCAUAUUUGGUACUGGGAAUGGCUCUACUUCAUCCAGUCCCAACAUUGGAGUUCUGGGAAUUACUAAGGUUGGCAGUCGGCGGGUGAUCCAGUACGGCGCGGCCCUCAUGCUUGCGCUGGGCAUGAUCGGGAAGUUCAGCGCCCUGUUCGCCUCCCUUCCCGAUCCUGUGCUUGGUGCCCUCUUCUGUACUCUCUUUGGAAUGAUCACAGCCGUUGGGCUCUCUAACCUGCAGUUCAUCGAUUUAAAUUCUUCCCGGAACCUCUUCGUGCUUGGAUUUUCAAUCUUCUUUGGGCUCGUCCUUCCAAGUUACCUCAGACAGAACCCUCUUGUCACAGGGAUAACAGGCAUCGAUCAAGUACUGAAUGUUCUUCUCACAACUGCUAUGUUUGUUGGAGGCUGUGUGGCGUUUAUUUUGGAUAAUACCAUCCCAGGCACUCCAGAGGAAAGAGGCAUCAGGAAAUGGAAGAAGGGUGUGGGCAAAGGGAGCAAGUCUCUCGAUGGCAUGGAAUCCUAUGAUUUGCCAUUUGGCAUGAACGUUAUUAAAAAGUACAGAUGCUUCAGCUACUUACCCAUCAGCCCAACCUUUGCAGGCUACACGUGGAAAAGCUUCGGCAAGAGCGCCAGCAGUCGGAGUUCAGAUGAAGACUCGCAGGCCACAGUAUAGCCGUAGCUCGCCCUGUGGCCUGGCCACAGUGAGGCAUGAAUCUGUAGUUCCUUGCUAAGUAACAAGCAGUAACAUAUAUGUUUGUAUAUCUGCAUUUACAUUCUCCACCCCAGAGCUAAGACAGAUUACAAAUAGCUUUUUUUGUUGUGGGUUGUGAUCAUGUCUAAUACAGUGUCUCAUCUGUCUCCUUACUUAGGCCCUUUGCCCUUGAGAGCACCCAUUGCUGGCCAUGGUCACUGAAUUUGAAGUUCCUUUCCUCUUGUGGGAAUGGCUGUUUGAAAUCCACAGCGAUUCCUUGUUUUCAGUCCCCUUCUGACACCCUAUUCUGGCUUUCUUACAAGCCCCCUCCAGGGUCCAGGAGCUUUCUGUCCCUGGAAGCACUAGGUCCUGCACCUGCAGAGACCUGCUCUGGUCGAGGGGCAGUUGCCUUGCAUUGUCACAACUGACUGGUCAAAUGUGAUUCUGUGUUCCCUGAUGCUCCUGUAGGAGGGGGCUACUGGCCGAUUGAAAAUGGUAACAUUGGUACAUUAUGCCCAAAUCUGUGCAUGGGUAAGGUCUGUACAGGUAUUAGAAUGAAAACUGGGAUGGGAGGGGAAGGGGAGGUACCUUGAAACCAGUAUCUGAUUCUCAGCUACACUUUUCUUGGUGCCACCCUGGCCCAAGGCAGGCCAGCACAUCUCAUGCUGGCCUCUUUUUCGCUAGUAGCUGAGACACUCUAUCUGGCAUUUAUCACUCCUGGCUGGUGUGGUGGGUAUACAUGCCACAAGGGCACCAAGUAGAUGUUUAUGGAAGUCUUGGCUCUGCUGUCAUGUGGAUGUCAGUUAUUGUUGUAUGUGUCUAUAUUUACAAGAUUUUAUUCCUAUUUAAUGUUAUUGACUAAAGCAGAUUUUUGACAUCAGUGUUUUUUUCCAUGCAACCCUCUUACCUUACAUCCCUAUUACUUGUCCCUCACCUCCUAUUCCCUAUUAAGGAAAGAACCAGCAUUUGUAAAGCUGUGGACACCAUCAGGGAAGCUUGUUGUCAUGGCUCUCGAAGGCCAGUAACCAUUAUUGUGGUUGUGUUUUGUAUUGCUCGAUACCAUGAAAGUGUAAAUACUGUAAUGCUUAAUCUAUUUAUCAAAACUGACUACUGGACCAGAGCCCAGAAACCAUGGGUUAAGUUAUCCGUGAAUUUGUUUUGUGAAGAAGGGAAGCCGGGGCAGGUAACAAGCAGAGCCGCCACACUGAGUGGUCCCGCGUCCUGGUAGAUCCACCCCUGCAGUUCUGCCACCAGUCAUGUCUGGCAGUUAAGGCUUAAGGCUUAAGGCUUAAGGCUUUUCCGUGUGUUGCAUGUUGAAUGUCCACUGGAUCUUGAUUUUGCAGAGAAGAUUAGAUCCCCUGGCCAAAUGCUGCCUUUGUUAUUUAAGUUAUUGCUGAAGGUGGUGAGAAAAGCAACUGAAAGGCCCCCUCUAUUGAGUUCUAAUUAAUAAUAUUAAAUUCUUUCUGACAAAAAUGACUUUUAUGGAGUUUGGUUUGAAAUUUUUCAACCAAAGGAAAAGCCUGAGUGACCUCAUUUCAUGAGGUUGUGCUUCUUAAGUGUUUGUUUUCUGGCUGAACCUUGGAUGGCAGAAGGCAUUCCUGUCUCCAGCAACAGGCCUGGUUCUCGGCAGCCUUGUGUCCACGGGGUGAAUUUCCUGCCCCCCGCCCCCCACGGCUGGCUCUGCUUCACCACGCGGAGAUGUCUUUGGCAGCAUUAUUGUGUCUCUGCAGCCUCCUUGACUCCUGGAAAGUUUGGGGCUUUAAGGCGUAUUCUGGCAGGAACAUUUCAGAGCCACUGCAUUGUUUUGCCAAGACCUAACUGCAGAUUAAGUAAAAGAUUUAGAUUCUAAAUUUUAAUGUGUAUGGUAUGUUUUUUGACGUGUAUUUGGUGCAUAGUUACUUUAGAAGCACACUGGUUAAUGCCACUUCACUUGGGAAGCCCGCAAGGCUGACAGCCCUAGUUGUCACCCUAGGUGGUCUUAGUUCCUUCUGUUUGUAUUUUGCCUGGCAUCUCCCAAUUUCUCUCCCCUGAACAAUGGGGAAAACUGUUAAACAUCUCAGAGAUUUGCAAUAUUCUAGCUCUAGGUGAGCAGAAGGACCAGAUAUCCAAAUGAAGCCUCUGAACCAUUAGUAAUUCAAGAACAAGUUCCCCAUCAGCUUAACUUGACCCAGGCAUUUUCCCUCCUAGUGGGUAACAUUCAGGGUAAGUGCUUCAAACAUCUGGAAACUCAUUCCCUUCUGAAAGCCCUCCUUGGCUGGGCUUUAUUGGGAAAUUUCAAAUCUGCUGUCUUGGGGGGGAUGUUUUCUGCAAGCCUUCAAAUGUGCAAAGAAGCCCUUUGUCCACACCUCCUGUUGGAAGGAAGGUUUUCGCCCUUCUCCUUCCACUGGGGCCAACUUUAGAUUCUGUGACCGAGAUGGGGGAAGGGGACAGAAGGUUUAGGAAGUGGUCCUCUUACUAGCAGAUAUGCUUACAGAAUCAAUCUGUAAUUGAAAGAAAAAUGUAUUCAACUGUUUCUUGGUUUAAGUCCACACCCAAAGGGGAGGUUCUGGGGGACACGGUGGCCGUGCAUGGUCUGCCUGAGCUUCUCCCACUUGCAUUGCUGGGGCCAUGUAUCCACCAUGCCUUGGCCAGUAGAAUGUUUUAAAAUAUUUUGAAUGUAAAUGUCCUUGGGCAGGGCAUUCAGUCUCCAAUUUCCACAGUGAACGCUUACCCACCAUCUUUACAUUUACGUUGGUGAUCCUGGUGUAAAAAGUAAAAACUAUAAGGGCAGUAGAUGCUGCCCUGUCACUGUGGGGACAAGGGAGAACCUACCACUGGUUUUUUAUAAAAUAUCUGACAUGGUUCACAGAAUAAUGGGAAAUAGCUCCAGUCUUUGUAGUCAAUAUGCUUUCUCAUUCUCACUAGGGAAUUAAACAUAGAUUCACUAAUACAGAAUCUUUCUUAAGAGGGUUUCAAAUGUUAAAUGAUAGUAAGUUUCUUGUGAUUGAUCAAGGCAAGGGAAGUGGCUUCACCAGGCAUCAUGGGUCCUGAUGGUUUCCCGUUUUCAUGGUAACAAAUUCACACAGGAUUUACUUCAUACUGUAGAAUACUGACUUUCAUGAUGACAGCUUGGUUUAUGCAUGAAUAUUACAGUAUUUCCAUAUAGUAAAAUAACAUUUCUACCCAGGAUAAUAGUCACAGUUUUCCAGGGAGGGAAUGAUAAUAUUCAUGACAAUGUCAUGUGAUGAUAGAAUUUCUCCAUUGAUGAAUCUCUGGUAUGUGUGUAUACUUUAUUUACCCAUGCGUAUGUUUUAUGACCAUGAGCUAAGUUGUUCUUUCUUUAAUUCAUGUCCUUGCUGAAGUAUUGGUAUUAGCAACUUAGACUUGAAGUUGGCAAUUGUAAUCGUCCGUGAUAUUGAUGCCACAGAGUGGCCAGGCCAGAUAAGAGACGAAUGAGGAGCUGUGGUGGAAGCCUCACUCCGGAACCUGUCUGGCGAGAGCAAAGGCAGCACCCUGCAGGCGGUUAUGCUGGGCGUGCGCACUCAGCUGCAGGCAGCAGGCCUGGCGUGGCUGUCGCUGGCCCCCGGUGUGCUCACCCAGCCAUGUCCCCAGCCGCCCAUCCCCCUCCCCAGGCCUGAGCUCUCCCAGGGCCCGCUUCUCCAGGGAGCCACCCCUGGGCUUUCGGGAAGUGCCUGGGGCCUCACAUGCUGUGCGUGUUGUGUUGUGUCCCCUCAUGAUUUUGAUACAGAGACUGGGACGGUUUCCACCCUCCACCCCUCCUGCAGUCACAACUGGAAGUGUGUAAGUGUGUAAGAAGACUGCCUGUUUUUGCCAGCGUUCAGCCUCCGCCCGUGGACCCACGAAGCACGGGAGCGCUGAGGAUCCCUUUUCCGCAACCUCACACAUUCCUGUCCUUUUAGGUUGUUGUCCACUGUACCUCAUCAUCACUCCACCCGGGUGACAUCCAGCCUCUUUAGAAUUGCUCUGUGUGUUUCCCAGCACUUAGGACCCCUUGGGGCCAUCUCACUGACAGUCAAGUUAAUACCCUUUUCAUUCAUUCGUAACAACCUUUGUUUGACAUGUUAACACAUUUCUGACUGUUCUUAAAACAGUGAGGAUGCCUAUAUUUUCCUUAAGUUUUCGUGACUGACUUUGGCUAUAUACCUUUCUGGGAUUUUGUUUGUUUUUAAUUUUUAUUUUGCAUACUGAGGGUAUUUGGGGUGGGGUUGUUUUUGGAGAUGUGUAAUUCUUUUAUGGAGUUUUUAAGAAGAAUUUUCAUAUUGUUUUUCUAACAUGGCUUCAUUAAACGUUUAAGUAUUUUAAAAAUAUGUAAUGUUCGGACCAGAUGUUGUGAAUAAUAGUAGAGAUAAAGCUAUUUUAUUCUGUAUUUUUAAAACUGUUCCGUACAAAUAAAAGCUCUCCUGGAUGGA